AUGCUGCCGCUAGCCUUGCAACGGUUGUCGAGCGCUUUUGACAAACAGUUACGAACAGAACGGAGAGCUGGGCAGUUGCUGGAACGAAUUCCGUGGUGGAUGCAACUCAUCAACGUGCACAUUUUUCUGGCCGGCCUUUGGGUUGUCUGCGGUUUCUCUGCCGCCGUGUGUUUUGGGUUCGUUUUCAAAAACUAUACCGCGGCGUGUUGGGCAGUGAAAUAUGGCAACUUCGAAAAGUGGCAACGAGGCCUGAAAAGAAUCAUGCUACUCGGCUGCAUUGGGCAGCUGCUCGGCUGCAGCGGAAUGUCCUCUGCAAUAUCCCUGGCGAUCAUUCUGAACACGGGCGCGUUGCAGGUGUAUGGUGAGAACCACUGGUUGGCGGUCGUGUGGUCAUUCAUGACAUGGAAGUGGUCGUUUUUCACCUUCUACUAUGCCAGAAAGUAUAGAGCGGCAUUCAAGCGUUUGAAGAAUACUAAGGAAAGUGCUUAG